UUUCACGACUGAGAAAUAAUCGUGUUUUUAAUGUCGACACUACUUAUUUAAUCUUUCAUAGAGCUAAUGUGUCUAUGAGUACACCAUGAAGCCGCGGCUGACUGGGACGACGAAACGCCCGUCUGUGACUAAACCAGCCGGGGAUGAGGCUUCGCGGUGUCUGCAAGAGGAGCUUGUUGCAGCGAUACAUGGAGCAUUUGAAGUGGCUGUGGAGAUCGCAAUACGAGAUGUGAAAAAACUGGUGGGUCAGACAGCAGGAGACAUCUACGAAGAGAUGCGACGAGAGAACGAAUCCCUGAAAGAGAGACUGCAGAGAGCUGAAGCUAUGUUGGACUCUGUGCGGGUGAAAGAAAGCGGGGGAAGCCCUCCUCCUCCUUCAAAGCAGCUCUUCAGUACCGCAAAGCAUGCAGAUCAGCUGCUUCAUCCUACUUGCAAUCAAAUAAGCCCCGACCCCGAAGUGGGCAACAUGCGUAGUUGCCGAAGGCUCAGAGGUGACGCACCUCCUGCUAGCCACAGCCGUGCACAGCAGCCUGCUCACCCCCAAGAUAAACACGUGAGCAGACAUGACGAGCAGAGAUCAGGCGAUGGUGGUAAGACACAGACUAUCAGUGAUGCUGCUUCACAUCCAGAGGAAGGACGAAUUAAUGGAUGCAUCAAAGAAGUCACCAAAGAGAUUUCCCGUGUAUGUGUGGUGAAGCUAGAAAACAUUAACCAGCCAUGUCAGGACUCAACAGCUCAAGGCCACCAGUCAGCACCACUUCCCAACACUGAGUCCACUUUGGAGCAGGUUACAGUGAAGCAGGAGAUGCCAGAAGAUGAGGAGAGAGAUGCCUCAGCUUGGUGUUUAGACUCGAUCAAAGUAGAGGAUUAUAGCCUGGACUGUAUGUCGGCGGUCCAGUCCAAAAUGUUGGAGGAGUGGGAAACAGAAGUUCUGGAUACUCGGAGCCAAGACUCAAACACCCAGCUGUCCAGCACCAGCCUGGUUCAGGCUCAUCCUCCAAACAUGACUACAGACCUUCCACCACCCACAGAUCUUCCAUCUCUGUCUUCAGAGUUCCCCAUCUUCCAGCUGGCAGAACCAGCUCCCAUCCCAGAAGCCCCUCCACAGAUUUCUGGAGUUCAUAUGCGGGGCAGCCGCAACCUCGGCCACACAAUCACCAAUGUCUACACCUGCAAGUCCUGCAGUCAGACCUUCCACCAGCCCAGCUUACUGCGACGGCACUACAGCCAGUGCCCGCAGAAGCUCCAGCAGCGUUGUCAGCAGCCUGUAGUGGGAGGAAAGAGGACCAGACUGCAGCUAUACCCACCCGGCUGCAGCCCCUUCCGUUGCACGGUGUGCAACCGAGAGUUCAACCGCAUGGAGAACCUCAAGACCCACCUUCGCAUACACACAGGAGAGAGACCGUACACCUGCUCGGUGUGCUCCAAAUGUUUCCGUCACUCUGGUGCAUUAACCAGGCACAUCCGUAUCCACACCGGAGAGAAACCUUACAUCUGUGGACAGUGUGGGAAGUCGUUCAGAAAUUGCGGGGGGCUUAAAUUCCACCAGCGUUCACACAAAGAGCAGCUACAGUAAAGUGGAACUCAACAGCGUUAAGGUCUACAGGACCAGUUUUUUAUGUGAGAUAUAAGCAGCUGAUUUUAUUAAAUACUUGUAAAAUACUUUAAUACUUUAGAAUACUUUUAAAAUUUAACUUUUUAAUGUUUAAACAUUUUUGCAGGUUUUUAUCGGCUGCUGUCCUGAAGCUGUCUAAAAUUCUCAGGAUGGACAUGAUGUAUCCCUUAUGUACACCUAAUAGCCUGUAAGGGCCUUGAGCAUUGUGCUUUAUAAGCUAUAAACAGAAAAAAUAAGUAGCAUUUUUAUAGUCUUUUGAAUUAUAGUUCAACACAUCCGGUAUAAAAAAGUGCAAACAACAUUCCCCAGGUUUCAUUAACACAGUAAUGCAUUAUCAACAUUUCAGAGAAGGAUCACACCUACUAAUAGGUGACAGUUUCAUAACAGCGUCUCUCCUGCCUGUCUGCGCUGUUAUCACAUUUUUUGUCAGAUCUUCCCUUUGAGAUUGCAGGUAUUGUUUUUAAAAUUUCUCACCCAGGAAGCAGCAUCGCAGCAAGUUAUUUGGAACUUUUCUGGUACAUCAUACUGAGGUGGUAUGUGUCAAAUCAUAAGCUAUUAUGUCAAUGAAAUAAAUUGAGUUUUAUUUUAGUGAUGGUGUUCUGUAAAUCAAUGUCUUCUCAUUGGUAGAAAAGGGCAAAGUAGAAAGACAGAAAUAUAGAUACUGUAGCUAUGUGAUCACUAAGUCAGCUAUUCAGCUGCAAUACUGUACAUGUGUAUGAUGGCUCAGUAGUACUUAUUGAAAUGCAAUGUGUGUGGAAGCUUUCAGUGUUAUUCUGAAUGCUUUUUAAUGUUGGUUAUUAAAGAAAAUCACUGGCCAAGCCAGUUGUUUCUUAUUAACGGUAAUCUUGUUUUUUUCCAAUUUUUUAUCUAUGUGCUUCAUUUAUCCAAAUAUGCACCUUAUUUUGGAUGCAGUGUGUGGAUAAUAGUGUAAUCGCAGUAAUAAAUGUAUGGAAAUUGCUCUGAAAGUUAAGAGGACAUAUGUUUUGGCUUACUGUACCAAUGUAUAUAUAAGUCCUGCCUGCAAAUUACCUAUUAUCUCAAUAACCACACCCAGAGGUUAUGUAACCCCACCAAUCUGUAAAUUAAAUUAUUAAAGCUGCGCUCAGGUUGACAGUGGGGAGCCAAAGCUUUUCUGAGGAAGUGUUACAUACUGUACUAGUGGAAGUAGAGGGAAUCUUAAAUUCCAAGCCAAUUGGAUAUGUAUCUUCUGACAUAGCACCCCCUGUUCCUGUUACCCCAAACCUCCUCCUAACGGGGCGGCGAGAUGCUUCUCUUCCACAGGCGGUCUAUGCAGACACCAACUUACUGGGAUGAAAAUGGUGUAAGCAUAGUCGGGUACUAGUUGAUCAGUUUUGGUUGUCAUUUAUAAUAAACUACCUCCCCAACCUACAGGUAUGGAACAAAUGGCAAAUGGACAGUCAAAAUAUAAAAGAGGUAAAAGUACCAUUUGAUGGGGCGGCUGUUAAAUCACAAGUCUAAUACCUGCCUGCAAAUUACCCAUCAUCUCAAUAACCACACCCCUCUGUAUGCAAGCCCUUUCCGUCCAAACCAGGAGAACAAAGACAACUGGGAACCAGUGAGUUGAACUUGUAAUAUGGACUUUUCAAACCUUGUUAUUCUAAUUAUUUGAUUAGCCUUUUAUUAUUGCCUGGUUUUGAAUGUUUUUUUGUAUUAAGUUUAAUUAGAUUCCUUUGUUUUGAUGCCAAAAAGUGAAGAGAUAGUGGAUGCAUGAAUAAUGUAAGUAUAACAUCAGCUUAAUUUACUUUAGUUUAUCAUUUUUUGUGCUGACAUUUAAAGUUGAUAUAAUUGUAUUUAUUUUUGUCUUUAUGCAU